CUGAGGGCUCUAUAUUAUCUAACGAAACGACAGCAUAGCAAACCCUAGUGGCAGUGACCAAACUCCAUUUCUCACUCGCCGUCGUCUCUUCCGUCUAGGGUUUCUCCUCUUCACAAAAAUGGUUGCCGCAAAAAAAACUAAGAAGACCCAUGAGAGCAUCAACAACAGGCUCGCUCUCGUCAUGAAGAGUGGCAAAUUCACCCUCGGUUACAAGACCGUUCUCAAAUCUCUUAGGAGCUCCAAAGGGAAAUUGAUUAUCAUUGCUAACAACUGCCCCCCUUUGAGGAAGUCAGAGAUUGAAUACUAUGCUAUGUUGGCAAAGGUUGGGGUUCAUCAUUACAAUGGGAACAAUGUGGAUUUGGGCACUGCAUGUGGCAAAUAUUACAGAGUGUGCUGCCUUAGCAUUAUUGAUCCUGGUGAUUCGGAUAUCAUCAAGACACUGCCUGGCGAACAGUAAAGUAUUCUUGAAGUUCCUUGCUUGUUAUUUUCUGGUUUUAGUUGUUGAUUCAAACUUUGAAAGAAUAUCUUGUUGAGUUGUAGACAUUGGUGUAAGGUGCAAGGUUUUUGGGUAUUCCAGCUGAGCAUCUAGUAAUUUUGACUUCAAAUUUUUCAUGAUGUUUCAUUGUGCCAAUUUCUAGAGAUGAUAUGAUUAUAUUUUGGUCGCGCUUGCUGUUAA